AUGGCGGUGCCUCCAAUCACUUCCUGGUCGAGCACAUUAACGGGUUCUAGCAGUGGCCCUUCCGGCAGUUUGUUGCCUGCCCCUGUGGUCAACAACAUGCUACUCAUUGAUCCCGCUGCACGUCAAAGCUCCUCCAGCAUUGCAGGCUCAGCCAACGUUCCUGCUCCCUCUGCCUCGGUCCCCAAAGUCAUAAUUUCCACUGAUGGUAACAAGAUAACAAUGGGCUGGGAACCAUCAUCAGAUGCGGAGCCUUUCAACAUGGCCUUUGUGGGCCAGCCAGUCCACACUUCCACCCCCGCUGGUACCGUAACUAUUGGGACACCCAUCGCAACCUUCUUUGGACCCCCAGAAGCCCUGGCACAGUCCAAAACCGCUAUUCCCACCAUUUCUUCAGUUUUGACUAGUGUCCCCAUAGCUGGUACUAUUCCUACAUCUGCCCUUCCAGUUGCUGUUGCUACCUCUGGUCCCCAACCUAGAGUAGCUGCCACCCCUUCUCACCAAGAUGCUCUCACACCUUCCCCCUCAACUCUGAAUGCCCCUAUUCGCCAGGACAGCCCCAGUACCUCCACGCGUGGUAAUGUCCAGCCUUCCCCCACAAGUACUUCUCUCGCUACACACCCUCCCCUUUCUCUUCCGCAACCCCCACCUUCUCCACCACCACGUUCUUCCGCCUCCUCUUCUUCUGCCAAUAAUGUCCGAGGGUCCCGUUCCUCUGAAGCUCCAAACAAGAGCUUCCUGGAGAUGGAGAGGAAGAUGGCCCACCGAAAGAUCAGUAAACUCAACGAAAUUCCCAGAGACCCAAAGCAGCUGACAUGGGAGCGUCUGGUUGGGGAGAUAGCCUUCCAACUUGACCGUAGAAUACUCUCCAAUAUCUUUCCUGAGAGAGUACGCCUCUACGGCUUCACAGUCUCCAACAUCCCUGAGAAAAUUAUUCAGGCCUCCCUGAAUACUUCAAACCACAAGUUGGAUGAAGAACUAUGCCAGACACUCACUCAACGUUAUGUGAGUGUCAUGAAUCGGUUGCAGAGCCUGGGCUACAAUGGGCGGGUCCACCCAGGGCUGACAGAGCAAUUGGUCAAUGCCUAUGGUAUCCUGAGGGAACGGCCUGAGCUGGCAGCCUCUGAAGGUGGUUCUUACACCAUGGACUUCCUCCAGCGGGUGAUCGCGGAAACAGUGCCCCCCAGCAUACUCACUGAUGCCUUGCUUCUUCUCUCCUGCCUCCACCAACUCUCCCAAGAUGAUGGCAAACCUAUGUUCAUCUGGUGA